AUGGAGCCGCCCGGCAGCAGCUCCCGGCGGCCGGCCCUGGCGGGCUGCAGGCUGCCCGGCGCUUCCCGCGGCCCCCGAGGCUGCCCCGCCGGCCCGCUGGCGGCCCGCUCGCCGCCCUGCCUCCGCCUGCUCCUCGUCCUCCUGCCGCCGCUGCUGCUGCUGCCGCCGCCGCCCGCGCUCGCCGCCGCGUCCCGGCCCUCCGCCCCGGGGACGGCUGCGCCCAGCGGUCUGCAUUGGAAUGAAACUGCAGAAAACAGAUCAGGAGUCCUGGCAGAUGAAGGCAGUACAUUGCCACAGAAUAGCAACAGCAGUGUCAGCCACAGCAAUGCAAUGCAGAGAGAAAUCACACUGCCUUCAAGACUCAUAUAUUACAUCAACCAAGACUCAGAAAGCCCUUAUCAUGUUCUUGACACAAAGACAAGACACCAACAAGAACGCAAGAAGGCUGUCCAUCUGGCCCAAGCAAGCUUCCAGAUUGAAGCCUUUGGCUCCAAGUUCAUUCUUGACCUUAUACUGAACCAUGGUUUGUUGUCAUCUGAUUAUGUGGAGAUCCACUAUGAAAAUGGGAAACCACAGUACUCUAAGGGUGGAGAACACUGUUACUACCAUGGAAGCAUCAGAGGCGUCAAAGAUUCCAGGGUGGCUCUGUCAACAUGCAACGGGCUUCAUGGCAUAUUUGAAGAUGACACCUUUGUGUACAUGAUAGAGCCGCUGGAGCUGAUCCAUGAUGAGAAAAGCACAGGCCGACCACAUGUGAUCCAGAAGACCUUGGCAGGACAGUAUUUUAAGCAAAUGAAGAAUCUCAGUACAGACAACAAUGACCAGUGGCCUUUGCUAUCUGAAUUACAGUGGCUGAAAAGAAGGAAGAGAGCAGUGAAUCCAUCUCGCGGUGUGUUUGAAGAAAUGAAAUAUUUGGAGCUUAUGAUUGUUAAUGACCACAAGACGUAUAAGAAACACCGCUCUUCUCAUGCACACACCAACAACUUCGCAAAGUCUGUGGUCAACCUUGUGGAUUCUAUUUACAAGGAGCAGCUCAAUACCAGGGUUGUCCUGGUGGCUGUAGAGACCUGGACUGAGAAGGAUCACAUUGACAUCACCACCAACCCGGUACAGACGCUGCACGAGUUCUCCCAGUACCGACAGCGGAUCAAGCAGCACGCCGAUGCUGUGCACCUCAUCUCGCGCGUGACAUUCUACUACAAGAGGAGCAGUCUGAGUUACUUUGGAGGUGUCUGUUCUCGCAUAAGAGGGGUUGGUGUGAAUGAGUAUGGUCUUCCAAUGGCAGUGGCACAAGUAUUAUCGCAGAGCCUGGCUCAAAACCUUGGAAUCCAAUGGGAACCUUCUAGCAGAAAGCCAAAAUGUUACUGCACAGAAUCUUGGGGUGGCUGCAUCAUGGAGGAAACAGGGGUAUCUCAUUCACGGAAGUUCUCAAAGUGCAGCAUUUUGGAAUACAGAGACUUUUUACAGAGAGGAGGCGGAGCCUGUCUUUUUAAUAGGCCUACAAAGCUAUUUGAGCCCACAGAAUGUGGAAAUGGCUAUGUAGAACCUGGGGAGGAAUGUGAUUGUGGUUUCCAUGUGGAAUGCUAUGGAUUGUGUUGUAAGAAAUGCUCACUCUCCAACGGGGCCCACUGCAGUGAUGGUCCGUGCUGUAACAGUACAUCGUGCCUUUUUCAGCCACGAGGAUAUGAAUGUCGGGAUGCUGUGAAUGGGUGUGACAUUACUGAAUAUUGCACUGGAGACUCUGGCCAGUGUCCACCAAAUCUUCAUAAGCAAGAUGGAUAUGCCUGCAAUCAAAACCAGGGUCGUUGCUACAAUGGCGAGUGCAAGACGAGGGACAACCAGUGUCAGUACAUCUGGGGGACAAAGGCUGCAGGGUCUGACAAGUUCUGUUAUGAAAAGCUAAAUACGGAAGGCACGGAGAAGGGAAACUGCGGGAAGGAUGGAGAUCGAUGGAUCCAGUGCAGCAAACAUGAUGUGUUCUGUGGAUUUUUACUUUGCACCAAUCUUACUCGAGCUCCACUUAUUGGUCAGCUUCAAGGGGAGAUCAUCCCAACUUCCUUCUACCAUCAAGGCCGCGUGAUUGACUGCAGUGGUGCUCAUGUAGUUUUAGAUGAUGAUACGGACGUGGGCUACGUAGAAGAUGGAACACCGUGUGGCCCAUCCAUGAUGUGCCUAGACAGGAAGUGCCUACAGAUUCAAGCCCUAAAUAUGAGCAGCUGCCCACUUGAUUCCAAGGGUAAAGUCUGUUCAGGCCAUGGGGUGUGUAGCAAUGAAGCCACGUGCAUCUGCGAUUUCACCUGGGCAGGCACAGAUUGCAGUAUACGGGACCCAGUUCGGCACCCUCACACCCCAAAGGAUGAAGGACCCAAGGAAAUGUCAAGAAGCGGAGGUUUGACCCUACUCAGCAAGGCCCCAUCUGAAUCAGCUGCCCUGGAUGAGUACCACCUUGCACUGUGGGGUUCUGGGUAUGACAUCUUUGCAGCCAGGCUGCUAGAACUACUCUGUCUGCGACAAGACCACUGGGUGGUAAUGACUACAGAGCUGACAUCGGGGUAACGGGGAUGGGCUAAAAGAAAACUGUCCCUUUUGGAAAUAACAUCAAGGAACCUCUUCUACCACUUGUGAAUAUGAGGGAGGGGGUUAAUGACCAUGUCAUUUGAAAAAAAAAAAAAAAACUUUAGAUUUUUUUUUUUCUUUUUAAAGGAGAAAGGAACAAAAAGUGCAAUAAAAGAAACAUUAAAACAGCAAAUGAUUUUUCUCCCUCCGCCUGCUGGCACUUAAUACCUUCUAAAUGAUUUGGCAUGUUUGUUUCCCUUUUACUAUCAAUGACAACUCCCAGUGGCAUGAAGAUCCAAUUUUGGAAAAGGGUAAAAACUGCAUGGCACAUACAUUACAAGCUAGCAAGCCAAUCCUCAGCAAAACCUGCAAUGGAAUUCAUAGUUGGAAGAUGACGGAUGAACACAUAGAACGUGCCUGGGCCUGAUGAUACUUCCCCACACCCCGCCCAUGGUCGCCCUGUCCCGCUCCCUGUGUGUCCCCACUGCCUGCUCUAGACCAGCCUCUGCAGAACUCCACUGGACCCUGCUCUUGUUGAUUCACUCUCCCCGUCUGUUUCUCUCCUCUGGAAAUUUGGGAGCUGGAACUUGAACAAUGAUGCUAUUAUGUAAUUCUUUUGUAAAUGUAAAUAUGGAAAUAAGAGAUUUCGACACAUCAUUUCACUUGUCUGUAUUGAAAUCUUCUUGUAAAGAGUUUCUCUAAAUCUGAAUUUGUUGCUUGCUCCCCAUCUGUUUUUAUUUCAUUUCUCUUGUCCUUUUAUUUCCCCCCCUUCUCUGUUUCUGUCCUUCUCUCUUAUAACAUAUCCAAGAAUUGUUGGGAUUCCUUAAAAAGACAGAUAUAGCCAUAGAUACAGGGGGUUUGGGCACAAACAAAACCAAAAAUAAACAAAAGGGGGGGGCACAAACAAAAUAACCCAUAUCAAAAACCACAAAGAUUAUGUAAAUGUAAAGUUAUAUGUACUGAUAAGUCUCAAAUUUUUUGAUGUCAUCAUAAACAUAUGUAUAUAAUGUAAGAAAAUAGAGACCCUCUCAAAAUAUUCACAAAAGUGCCAAGCUCAUGGUUUUAGUUUUUGGUUUUGACAAUUUUUUCCCCCUGUCAUUAAUGUGAAAGGAGGGUAAACUUAAAGCCUUAAAUAAUAAUAAUAAAAAAGUUUUUAAAUGUCAAAAGCUUGAAAACAUAAGCUACGCUUUCCAUUCUGUUCACACCUAUUUUUGUCCAUUUCAUCCAUGCAUCAUACUUAUGCCUCAGAGUCUAUGUUGCAGAGCCCCAUUGUGCAAGAGGUGAUGGGGACAAAGGGGCACCGGCCUCGUUGUUCUUGGAGGCGGGAAGUCAGCGUGCAUCACUCACAGAGCCAUGCUGGCCCAUGGUGUUUUGCUGGACUAGGGUGGGAUGCCACCAUGUGCAAAUACGUAUUCUUUUCGUGCAGAUUUGCAGAUCUAGUCUUGGAGUUUCCAAGUUUUUCUGGGCUUUCUUCACUUUCACCCAUUCCUUCUUUAAGAAAGCUUCCAUCAAGUGGUUAGCAAACCAGCUAAUGUUGUCCCAGCUUUGUGCAGUGACCAGCCAUGUAAAGAUAGCUUGUCUGAAACUCCUUGAAGAGGCCCAGCUCUCCAGGCUUUUCAUUUUAGGAGAAAUACAUACAGUUGUACUAUGCACUAAAUCACUAAUUGAUUUAGAUAUGAGUCCUUGGCAGCAAGAUUCAUAACAUCUGUUGACAACUUUUUCUUUGACUAGAGUGGUUGAUCUCCUUAAAAAAAAAAAAAUACUGCUUGAAACAGUCAAUUUUUUCCCCCUC